AUGUUAGCUCAAAAUCUUAUUACGAUCCUUUGUUUCCACUUGUUUGGAAACAUCGCCUUGGCCAGCAACGUGACUGACCUGGGUAAACCACUUUACGGAACACAAGAGGGCAAAGGUCAAGAAAUCACAUUCAGUAGUGGACUGAUCCUCCCCUUUUAUCUUCACGAACUCGGCCACGCGCUCGGAUUCCCACACGAGCAGGACAGAAUGGACCGGGAUGACUACAUUUAUUGGGAUAAAAAUAAGAAAGACUGCAAAGGUGAUGAUUUUGGAGGAAAAGCGGGCAACCUGGACCAAGCCGCGUUGGAAAUUCGGUUCGACUAUGUCAGCCUAAUGGCCGAUUGGACAGAGUGCUAUUGGGCGAAGCCUCCAAUGCCGAAGGAUAUUCCGCUAGGUGGCGGCAGUAGUGAUCCCGAUCAAAACUACAGAGUGGGAACCAGUGGGAGAAUGUGA